AUGAUUCUGCUUAUCUACGUGGAUGACAUAGCUGUAUUUGGUUCUUCUAAGUCACUCAUCGGUCAAUUCAUUUUUUCUAUAAGAUCUGAAUUCUCAAUGAAGGACUUAGGUCCUUUACAUUAUUUUCUUGGAGUGGAAUUAGUCUCCAAUUCUGAUGGUCUUCUCUUGCUGCAGCAGAAAUAUAUUAAUGAUAUCCUCCUUCGGUUUGAUUUGGCUAACUCUAAGCAUGUUUCAACUCCAUUACAUAGCAAACAGGAUUGGCAUUCAACUUCUUCUUCUCUACUCUCUGAUCCAUCUAUCUAUCGACAAAUGGUAGGUUGUCUUCAGUAUCUUGCAUUCACUAGACUCGAUAUUCAUUUUGCAGUGAAUUUGGCAUCACAAUUUCUUCAUCAACCUCGUCAAAGCCAUUUACAAGCUGUUAAAUGCAUUUAUCGAUACUUGAAAGGGACAAGUCACUUAGGAUUACAACUUCAUCGCAAAUCAUCUCAUGUGCUAACCAUUUACUCUAACUCAGAUUGGGCUGGAUGUACUGCUACUAGACGAUCGACAAUAGGGUUUUGUAUUUUACUUGAAGACAAUUUGAUUUCUUGGGCUGCCAAGAAGCAGCCAACUGUAGCUCGAUCAAACAUAGAAGCAGAAUAUCGGGCUCUUGUCGUUGCCGCUGCAGAAGCGACAUAG